AUGCGGAGGGUAGUUAUAACAGGCCUGGGAGCUGUUACUCCUCUCGCCGUUGGUGUUCGGCCGACCUGGAAGCGACUGAUUGAUAGUCAUUGUGGAAUAGUAAACAUCAAGGACAGGGAUCCAAGGUUCGCAUCUCUACCAUCACAGGUUGCGGGCGUCAUUCCUUCUGGUCUCAAAUUGAAUGGCGGAUGGCAUUCCAAAGAAUGGUUGCAACCAGGCGAUGACCGGAAGAUGGCAUUGUUUGCACAAUAUGCUAUGGCUUCGGCAGAAGAAGCUCUGCAAGACGCGAACUGGAUACCCCAGUCUGAAGAAGAUCUCCAAGCAACAGGUGUCUACAUCGGCUCUGGUAUAGGAAGUCUGGAUGAUGCCUACAAUACAGCUGUAGAGUUUGAGAAGGGUGGCUACAAGAAAGUAUCGCCACUGUUCGUACCCAGACUCUUGAUCAACCUAGCCGCAGGUCACAUUUCAAUGAAAUAUGGAUUCAAGGGCCCCAAUCAUGCAGCGACAACGGCCUGUACAACAGGAGUUCACGCCAUUGGUGAUGCUGCCCGUAUGGUCGCCUUUGGAGAUGCAGAUGUCAUGGUCGCUGGCGGUGCAGAGUCCUGCAUCCAUCCACUCGCCGUUGCUGGGUUUGCUCGCGCUAGAAGUUUAGCUACAGAUUGGAACGACAACCCCCAGAAGGCUUCAAGGCCAUUCGACAAAUCGAGAGCAGGUUUCGUGAUCGGUGAAGGAGCUGGUGUCGUAGUGCUCGAGGAAUUGGAGCACGCAAAAGCACGAGGUGCAUCUAUCUAUGCUGAAGUCAGAGGAUAUGGUCUCUCUUCUGAUGCACAUCAUAUGACGGCUCCCCGAGAAGAUGGCCAGGGCCCAUAUCUCGCCAUGAAGCGAGCACUAAAGCAAGCCAGCAUCAAACCUGGUAGUGUUGACUAUGUGAAUGCUCACGCCACAUCCACCGUACUUGGUGAUGCUGCUGAGAACCGUGCUAUCAAGACAUUACUGCUCGGCGAAGAUGGAUACACGAGCGCUAGCCAGGUCAAUAUCAGCAGCACUAAAGGUGCAGUAGGCCACUUGCUAGGAGCUGCCGGAGCCGCAGAGACCAUAUUUACUGUCCUUGCAUUACAGAAUAACACUCUGCCACCGACCCUGAACCUCGAACAGGCUGGCGACCCUGCCACCGAUUUUGAUUGCAACUAUGUUCCAAAUACAGCUCAGGACUGCAAUGUGCAAGUUGCUUUGUCCAACAGCUUCGGGUUCGGAGGAACGAACGCAAGCAUUUGUCUAAGCAGAUAUCAGAAGUAA